UGCUGAUUGGCUGUCGCUGUAUGCAGUCAGAAAGCAUGUCCGACAGACUUAGCUUGUUUUGUAGCCUCUGAGCUAGAAACGUGUGUUAUCUGCGGACGUACAUAGUUCUUUAAUGCUAACGUAACACUUGAUAUCGCACUUAACGUACGUAGAGGCGUUUCCGGUUAUUCAUGUUACCUGUUAUUUGUAUUAAUGCGCAUUCGUUUGACCAUUUUGGCCAUGCUAAUGUUAGCCGACUAGCUAGCUAGUGUGACAGCCACCUAACUUUGUGACAAAGUGGUCUUCCAGAGUUGUGAUGUCGCAUGAAACGCUGACCUUGUAGGCGAAACACUGCAGAACGCGAGGUCCAUUCACACGGGUUUCUGUCAGGUGCUAUGGCGUCGACCAGGCUCCUGUGUUCGUUCACAGCUAAAGUUGCAGGCUUGACCCAAACAUUAGCCCGGACAGGGUGGUGUCGUGUGGGCUGCAGGAGACAUGUCUGCAGUUCACCUUCAAGACAGCAGAGCUGCAUGUCGGCCUGGGUCGUUGACCAGUAUGGAAGCAAUGGAGUUCUGAGGUACACAGAAGAAGCCACUUUGCCUACUGUUAACUCUCCCAGUGAGGUGAUGAUUGAAGUCCACGCAGCCAGUGUGAACCCUCUUGAUAUAGCCAUGAGGGCUGGUUAUGGAGCAAAAUUGCUCAAAUUAAGAAGGGACCCAGCGUCUGUGAUGAACAGUGACAGUGAGUUUCCUUUGAUUCUGGGCCGUGACAUGUCAGGUGUAGUGGUGGACUGUGGAUCUGAGGUCACCCAGUUUGUUCCUGGGGAUGAGGUGUGGGCUGCUGUUCCACCAUGGAAACAAGGAAGUCUGGCACAGUAUGUGACUCUAACGGAGUAUGAGGUUUCCCAUAAGCCAGAAUCCGUGAGUCACACAGAGGCAGCAUCAAUCCCCUAUGUAGCCAGCACUGCUCUGUCUGCACUUGUCUGUGCAGGUGGUCUUUGCAGAGAGAACUCUUCAAAUAAAAGAGUUUUGAUCAUUGGAGGAUCGGGAGGUGUCGGGACAUUUUCUAUUCAGUUAUUGAAGGCCUGGGGGGCCCAUGUGACUGUUACCUGCUCCCACAAUGCAGAGGGCCUUGUGAGGGGUCUGGGGGCUGAUGAGGUGGUGGACUAUACAGGAGGAGACUUUGCUGAACAACUAGAAACGAUGGAGAAGUUUGACGUGAUUUUGGACAACAUUGGUGGAGAUACGGAGGAGUGGGCGAUGGGCCUCCUGAAGCCGUGGUCAGGGGCGAAGUACACAACGCUGGUCACACCUUUACUCCUCAACACUGAUUCCAUGGGCCUGCUGGACGGGGCAAUCAACGCCGGAGUCACCCUGUGCACCAAGGCCUUACAGGAGGUCAUUUCAAAUGGAGUCUUCUACCGAUGGGGGUUUUACUUUCCAGACGGCCCCGCCCUCGAUCAGGUCGCAAAGCUGGUGGAUGCAGGAAAGAUCCUGCCAGUGGUGGAGGCCCAGUUUCCUUUCGCUCAGGUGCCCCAAGCUUUUCAGAAGUUGGAGCACGGCCACGCCAGAGGGAAGACGGUCGUCCAGGUGGUUGAAAAGGAGGACAGACUGGAAGAAGAGUCGGUGCAGGGCAUCUGCACAGAGGCUGUGGAGUCGGAGCAGGGAUUUCAAGGAACAUCUAAGCAACACUAAAGAGAAUAAAUCCCUCUGUGAGCCCUUCUCUCCACCUCGAGACGACGGUAUCAUGGCCGCAUCUGGCAAAUCAGAGGUGAUGCCGUUGUGAGGCAAACGACAAAGUGUGAAAUGAACAUGCACAGACGGCGUGUCAGAGGCUGUUGUUUUUGUUACAGCCUCACACCCUCUUGUUUUGUUUUGUGUUGAUGUUUUCAUAAGGAGGCAAGAGUUAUGCUGUGUUCAUGUGACGGUGGAGCUGUCAUAAUUAGGUCAAUAUGUUGCUUUUAAUUACAGCUAGAUCUCUCUCGCUCUGUCUUUCUGGGUGCUGUAUUCUAAUUUCCAACAGUUACAUGUUUCAACAAAGAUGAUAUACAAAGAUAAAUAAUGUUUGUCAAUAUUGUUUAUGUCCAGUGCAGUGCUGGGUCGAGCAGACAAAUAAAAAUUAGCAUUAUUUUUA